AUGUGCAAGUGGACACCAAUUGAAAUCACAAAAUUAGAAUUUCAAUUGGGCAAUGCGGAGCACCAUAAGGUAACGAGAAUGCAAUUGCCCUUGGUAGAAGCUUUGGCAUUGACGGUACACAAAAGCCAAGGCGCCACGUAUCAAUCCGUAGCAUUUCAUAUACCCAAAAAAUACUUGAAAUGCAAUAUGCUAUACGUUGGAUGUAGUCGAGCAACUUCAGCGCAAGGUUUGCAGCUAGACCACUUUCCUGCAAAGCCACCAAAACCUUCAUUAAAAGUUGAACAUGAGAUGUCCAGACUUAGGACACAAAGUUGUGCCCUAAAUCCACGGUUUUCUAGAAUUAUGAAAGACAACAAGCCACUAUCGUGUAUGUCACAUAAUAUAAGAUCGUUAAAAAAAUAUGAAGAUCAUAUUAAUGCGGACAACGUUCUUUUGCAAUCUCAACUAAUGUUUUUCCAAGAAACCGGUUCAAAAUCAACAGACACAUAUAACAUUAAGAACCAUAUUGAAUGCUGUAGAAUAGACAGUAUACAUGCCAAUGGCAAGAGUGGUUCAAUUUGUUUUGUUGGAGAAUCUAUUCAAAAUAAGGAAAUAACUAGCAAUUCGACAUUAAUCCAAGACAAAAAAACACAAACACAUCUAGAAGCGAUUGAAGUAUUCUUUGAAAAUAUAACCUACAUUGGUAUAUAUUCAUCGCCUAAGUUUCCUGUACAGAAACUUUGGGAUUUCAUCGAACAAGUAGCUUCAACCCAAACAAAAGUUGUGUUCAUCGGUGAUUUCAAUACAAACUUCAAUAAACCACCAAAACAACUAGUUCAAAUAUUAAAGCAAUUCAAUUAUAAAGUAUUAGUAGAUAAUAUAACUACAGAUUACGGAACAAGCAUAGACAAUGCCAUAUCAAAUUUUGAAAUUGCAGCUUUGGUGUACGAGUCUCUCAUAAGUGAUCACAGGCCUAUUCUCCUUAUGGACAAAGAAACUUGCAGUGAAAUUGAAAAAAAUGAUGAGACAGCUGAUGAUCAAAUUGUAAAAGUUGUUGAAAACAAUUUGAUAAAAUCAAAAGUCAGCAUAGCUAAUAGAGAUAUUCUGGUAAAAUCAACGAAGGUCAGGAAUAACAAUAACUUUGAUGAUAUUGAAUUCUUUCAAGUUGAUAGUGGCACAGUCAAGGUUAUUGAAACUAAAACUAAAUCAACUGAGGUCUUCAAUAAUGUUAACUUUGACGAUAUUGAAUUCAUUCAUGUCGAUAGUUGUACUAUCAUGGUUCCAGAAAAUUGUAACAGAAGCUCAAAUAUAUUAUUAGAACCAAGUGAUAAUAUAACUACAUCGAGAGUAAUACCAAAGAUCAAAAAUCCAAUAGGCAUAAUAUCGAGUGGUAUUUGUGGCUUUACAAAUAUUGACAAUGUCUCAUGUUAUGCCAAUUCUGUCAUACAGGUACUUUUUCAUUGUGAAUCACUUGCAAACUAA